ACACAGUUUGCAGACAAACGUGGAAACGCUGCAUCGGUGGUAAUAAGUGUGCAGUGAUCACGGGUGACCGAGGGAAGACGGGAAAGAGGGUGGUCAAUAUGACUCCUAUCUUCCUCGUUCUGUUGGUGGCACUCGACCCGAUUGUCGCGCAGAAUAGUGGUCCACCGACGAUCCUGGUGAGGCCGCAAUCGCAGCAGGUGAAGGCAGGCGGAAUAGCGAGCUUCUACUGCACAGCGGAGGGAGCGCCGCCGCCCCAGAUCCACUGGAGGAAGAACGGAAAGAAAGUUUCCCAGUCUCAGUCACGAUACCUGGUGCAGAACUAUGAAAACGGAGCUUUGUUGCGGAUCGAACCUGUCAAGCCGGGUCGCGACAACACCCAAUACGAGUGUCUAGCCGAGAAUGGAGUCGGGGACGCGGUGUCAGCCGAGGCGCAGCUCAAAGUCUACGAAGCGGAAAAACUACCGAACGGAUUCCCGUUAAUAUCGCAAGCGCCGACGACCAAGGUGGUCGAAGUGAGUCACAACGCGGUUCUACUCUGCACGGCGGUCGGUUCGCCGCCACCUAUCAUUUCCUGGGUACGAGACACGCUUCCCAUCGACACGACCAAUCCACGGUACACGGUUUUAGACACCGGAGCGCUACAAAUCACCGGAUCCGACGAACAGGACCAAGGGAAGUACGAGUGCGUAGCGAAUAAUUCGGUCGGCACCGAGUAUUCGAAGGCGGCCAUGUUGUACGUGAAAGUUCGACGUGUAACGCCAACAUUCUCGAUACUUCCGCCCGCGGUCAGCGAGGUGAUGCUGGGCGCAUCGUUGAACUUGACCUGCGUGGCGGUCGGCGCACCGAUGCCUUUCGUAAAAUGGAAGAAGGAUCCAGCCACCGAUCUGACGCCGGACGACAGUCUGCCAGUUGGUAAAAACGUGCUGAUGUUGAACGACAUCAAAGAGUCGGCGAACUACACCUGCACCGCAGCCAGUGACCUCGGAGUGAUAGAAACCACAUCGAUGGUGAAAGUUCAAUCUCUGCCGAGCCCUCCGGAGAACGUUCAAGUCUCGGAUAUUACUGCGACGUCCGUGAAGCUCACCUGGUCCUAUAAAGGUCCGGACACGUUGCAAUACUACGUGAUCCAGCACAAGCCGAAGCACGUGAAUCAGGCGUUCGCUGAAAUAUCGGGCAUUACGACCAUGUACUACCAUGUCCGAAGUCUCAGCCCUUACACGGAGUACGAGCUCUACGUGAUAGCCGUCAACGCCAUUGGGCGUGGUCCCCCAAGCGCCCCGGUGACAGUCACCACCGGCGAGACAAAACCCGGUACCGCGCCACGGAAGGUCCAGGUACGGCCAUUAAGCUCCAGCACGAUGGUUAUACAGUGGGACGAGCCGGAAACACCGAACGGUCAAGUGACGGGCUACAAAGUGUAUUACACGACGGACCCGAAUCAACAAAUGGCGUCUUGGCAGUACCAGAUGGUGGACAAUAGCCAGCUGACCACCGUGUCCGAUUUAACGCCGCACACGAUCUACACGAUUCGAGUCCAAGCGCUGACCAGCGUCGGACCGGGCCCGUUGAGUCUGCCCGUGCAAAUAAAAACACAACAAGGGGUGCCGAGCCAGCCGGAAAUGUUGACGGCGGUGGAUAUCGGGGAGACCAAAGUAACGCUCCAAUGGAGUAAGCCGGCUCAUAGCGCGGAGAAUAUUCUUAGCUAUGAGCUGUAUUGGAACGACACAUACGCGAAGGAGAAGCACCAUCGAAAGCUACCAGUGGUCGAGAACUACACGUUAUCGGGUCUGUAUCCGAACACGGUGUACUACGUGUGGCUGGCAGCGAAGAGUCAGAGAGGAGAAGGAGCAACGACGAUCCCGCAUCCGGUUCGCACGAAACCGUUCGCCCCCGGGGCUCCGCCUCGCAAUGUAAGCGGACAAGCGAUCAGCCCGACCUCCAUAUUGGUAACGUGGGAACCCCCGCCUGCCGAACAUUCGAACGGGAGGAUCGCGUACUACAAGCUGCAGGUCGUCGAGAGCGGACGCUCCGACUCGGAGGCGAGGGUUAUCAAACUGAAUGACACGCAAUUCGUGUUGGACGAAUUGAAAAAAUGGACCGAGUACCGGAUUUGGGUAUUGGCCGGGACCAGCGUAGGUGACGGACCGCCGAGUUAUCCGAUCUCGGUCAGAACUCACGAGGACGUGCCGGGAGAUCCUCAAGACGUCAAAGCAACGCCGAUCAAUUCUACCGCGGUACACGUCGAAUGGAAACCCCCGAAAUCGAAAGAACAGAACGGUGUUAUACGUGGUUAUCAUAUACACGUCCAGGAAGUAAGGGAAGAGGGAAAGGAUCUCCUGAACGAACCAAUACGACGGGACGUUCACGAUGACGGUGUGCUGGAAGUGAAUAUCACCGGUUUGCAACCGGACACAACGUAUUCGGUGCAAGUGGCUGCUCUGACAAGAAAAGGGGACGGCGAUCGUUCGCCGCCGGUUCACGUCAGAACGCCUGGAGGCGUGCCUAACAGGCCCCAGGUCAACGUGAAAGUUCUGACAAAAGCGCCCGACGUGCUCGAGCUGGAAUGGGAGCAGCCAACGCAAACGUACGGCAGUCUGUUGGGUUACAGGAUAAGAUACGGGAUUAAAAAUCAAACGCUCAAGGAAGAAUUCAUUCAAGGGACUCGUCUGCGCACCUACAAAAUCAAGGACCUUGUGGAACGAGGGGUGGACUACGAAUUCCGAGUCGCCGGACAGAACGAGAUUGGCUUCGGGCAAGAAACCGUGAGAUACUGGUUCAGUCCCGAAGGUGAACCCACCGGCUCGCCGACGAAUCUCUCGUACUUCUUUCAAACACCGGACACGGUGUGUGUGACGUGGGACAAGCCUCACAGACAGCACAGAAACGGUCAGAUAAUUGGUUACGACGUGCAGUUCAACAAGAAGAACGACCACUCGACGACCAUCGACAGAAACACGACCAAGACCAGGGCGGUUUUUACGAACCUCGAGGAGAACACGGAGUACAUGUUCCACGUGAGAGCGCACACGUCGAAGGGCAGUGGCCCGUACUCGGAGAAGAUCACGAUAAUAACGGAGAAGGACAUCGGCCGUGCGCCGAUGUUCGUAAAAGCGGUGGCCACGUCGGACACGAGCGUGGAGUUCACUCAGUACGCGAUCACAGUGGCAGCCAAAUACAAAACUGGUCUGGGUAGGCUUAGCGAGAAAGUAACCGUGAAAGUGAAACCGGAGGACGUGCCGUUGAAACUGAGAGCACCAGACUCGUCGACCCAUUCCAUGACUCUAUCCUGGACACCGCCUAUAAGACUGAACCCGAAGAAGUACAAAGUAUCCUUCGACGCGGUCAAGAAAUUCGUAGACUCCCAGGGUAUCACGCAGACGCAGAUUGUUCCUCGUAGACAGAUCGAAUUAGAUCCUAGCAUGACGAGCACUAUGAUAAACGAACUGCAGCCGUUCACCACGUACAACGUGAACGUCAGCGCGGUGCCACGAGACGGACAGUACAGACCGCCCGCGAAAAUCACAGUCACCACGCAAAUGGCUGCGCCCAAACCUAUGGUGAAGCCGGACUUUUACGGGGUGGUGAACGGGGAGGAGAUUCAGGUGAUUUUACCGCAGGCCUCCGAGGAGUACGGACCGAUCUCGCACUACUAUCUGAUCGUUGUGCCGGAGGACAAGUCGAUGGCCGACAAGCAACCGGACGAAUUGACGGAGGACAUGAUUACGGGCAAGGGCGCCAAACAGGAAAGAGAGAACGCCCCUUAUGUCGCGGCCAAAUUCCCGCACAGGGAUAUACCGUACACGUUCCACUUGGGCAGCGGGGACAUAUACGAGGGCUAUGAAAAUCGAAAACUCGAGAAGAACAAGCGGUAUCGGAUCUUCGUGCGCGCGGUCGUCGACACACCGAGAAAGCAUCUGUACACCUCGUCACCGUUCUCCGAGUACCUGUCCCUCGAUAUGAGGGAGGUGCCGCCGGGUGAACCACCGCGACGUCCUAACCCCAAUACUCCGGUGGACGGAAAUCCGGAAGUGUCCGUGAAAACAAGCGGUCAAGAACCUGGAAUGGUGUGGGUGGUUGGUCCGAUAAUAGCGGCGUUGAUGGUCAGCGUGUUUCUCGUGCUCCUGUUUGUUAUCAAGAAACGACGACAACCAUGCAAAGCACCGGACCAAGCGGCUGUAACGCGACCAUUGAUGGCCGCCGACAUUAGCUCGAACCACGCACCUUCCGAUCCAGUCGAGAUGCGUCGUCUGAUCUUCAAAACGCCUGCGAUGAUCUCUCACCCGCCGAUCGACAUCAGCGACCUAGGAAAUCACAUCGAAUCCUUGAAAUCGAACGACAAUGUGAAGUUCAGCCAGGAGUACGAAUCCAUCGAACCCGGGCAACAGUUCACUUGGGACCACUCGAACUUGGAAGUGAACGUGUCGAAGAAUCGUUACGCGAACGUAAUCGCAUACGACCAUUCGAGGGCGAUCCUUCAAACGAUCGACGGUAUAACUGGCACGGACUACAUAAACGCGAACUACUGCGACGGUUAUAGGAAACAAAACGCGUACGUGGCCACGCAAGGACCGCUUCAGGAGACAUUCGGUGAUUUCUGGCGAAUGUGCUGGGAGCUAAGAUCGAGCACCAUCGUGAUGAUGACGAAACUGGAGGAAAGGACCAGGAUAAAGUGCGAUCAGUAUUGGCCGGGAAGAGGAACCGAGACGUACGGUCUGAUGACGGUGACGAUCACCGACGUGCAAGAAUUGGCGACCUAUUGCAUCAGAACGUUCCAGGUGUCUCGAGCUGGAUAUUCCGAGAGACGGGAGAUCAAACAGCUACAGUUCACCGCCUGGCCCGAUCACGGUGUACCUGAACAUCCCGCUCCGUUCUUACAGUUCCUGCGUAGAGUGAAGUCCCUGAAUCUGCCCGAUAGCGGCCCGUUGAUCGUCCACUGUAGCGCCGGCGUCGGUAGAACCGGUUGUUUCAUCGUCAUAGAUUCGAUGAUUGAGAGGAUCAAGCACGAGAAGAUGAUCGACAUAUACGGCCACGUGACGUGUCUGCGCGCCCAGAGGAACUACAUGGUGCAGACCGAGGAUCAGUACAUAUUCAUUCACGACGCGCUCUACGAGACGAUAAUCUGCGGCAACACCGAGGUGCCUGCUAGAAACUUGCAUUCCCAUAUACAGAAGCUCACGCAACCGGAGAUGGAUAAUAUAACCGGCAUGGAGCUGGAAUUCAAGAAACUCUCGAAUAUUAAAGUGGACUCGUCGCGGUUUAUAUCGGCGAAUCUGCCCUGCAACAAGCACAAGAAUAGGCUGGUACACAUACUGCCGUACGAGUGUACCAGAGUGUGUCUGCAACCGCAGCGGAACAUCGAGGGGUCCGAUUACAUAAACGCAAGCCUGAUCGAUGGUUAUCGUUACCGAGGUGCCUACAUAGCGACUCAGGGUCCACUCUGCGACACCACCGACGACUUCUGGCGGAUGCUGUGGGAGCACAACUCGACGAUCGUGGUCAUGCUGACGAAGUUAAAGGAGAUGGGCAGAGAGAAGUGCCAUCAGUACUGGCCGUCGGACAGAUCGAUUCGUUACCAGUGCUUCGUCGUCGAUCCCAUCGCCGAGUACAAUAUGCCGCAGUAUAUUUUAAGGGAGUUCAAAGUGACGGACGCUCGGGACGGCGCGAGCCGCACCGUCAGACAAUUCCAGUUCACAGACUGGCCGGAACAGGGUGUCCCGAAGGCCGGUGACGGAUUCAUCGACUUCAUAGGGCAGGUGCACAAAACGAAGGAGCAGUUCGGCCAGGACGGUCCGAUAACGGUGCACUGUAGCGCGGGUGUCGGCAGAACGGGUGUCUUUAUCACGCUCAGCAUCGUGCUGGAACGGAUGCAGUACGAAGGGGUCGUCGACAUCUUCCAAACGGUCAGAAUACUUCGAACGCAACGCCCGGCGAUGGUUCAAACCGAGGACCAAUAUCAGUUCUGCUACCGUGCCAGUUUGGAAUACUUAGGUUCGUUCGAUCAUUACGCCAACUGACAACCCGACACGCGCGUGGAAAGGGAAUCGACGAGAGACAGAAGGGAUCGUCAGAGAAACGAGAGGGAGGUGGGAGAACGAGCGAAAAUACGACGUGUCUAGUACAAUGAAGUACUCGAGAAUUUAUUGUGUGAAACGAACGAGGAGAGUAGACUGUACUAUGAUUCCGGGGGCGUAACGUACUAUACUACUACCUUCCAUGGACAAAUACAGUAGAAAGGCGAUAACUUACUAUCUUCUUGGGCAACUAACGUAGCAGCCAAGUAUCUUAGUCAAUGGUGUUUUGCAGAAGUCUCGAGCAUGCGGAGGACGUUAAGUUUCUUCUCGCGGCAUCGUAAGUGCUGAAUUCAAUUUUAUCCGAGGUUCCCGAUCGACUUAGCCGGGACCAGACUGCCGCCAGUUCUUAGUGACGUACAGCUCGUAAAUCGUAGAAAAACAAUCAUAUCCGUAGAAAU